AUGGAAUAUGAAGGAGGCUCGAGGAAAUCCUUACGAGGAUCAAUGACGUCGAAGCUUCGAAUAGUUGGCUUGGCAUUCUUCUUUAUGAAACAGACGUCGGGCUUCGUAAUACUGCAACCACCAGCCACCUUCGCGCGAAUCUCGUCAGUACAGCUUUUCUCCGUCCCGAAUGCACAAGAAAUGAAAGCGGGAGAGAUUCGCAGCGAAUUAGAAAGCUACGGUAUAAGCACCAAGAGUUUUCUCGAAAAGAAAGAAUUAAUCAAAGCAUUGGAAACGGCCAGAAAGCAGAGAAACAUUCCUUACAACGAUGUGAACGGGAGUGGUAAUAAGGAUAGAACAGGAUGGGGCAGCCGUAAAACGAAAGUCGGCAAAAAAGACGAAGGUAAAAACAACGGCAUCCCGUCCCGUGAAGAGCGACUAGCGACAGAAAUGGAAAAUGCCAAAACUAUGAAGGUCGGAGACCUGAAAAAAGAGCUUCAAAAUCUGGGGGUAUCUACACGAUCAUUCUUUGAAAAGACCGAAUUUGUCAAGGCCUAUGCGGAAGCAAUUGUAGACGGGGCAGAAAAGGCAGCUGGUAAAAAAAAGGAAGCGUAUGAUGCAUCGUAUAGAGAUGUGUCGAUGCAGAAGAUGGACAGCAAAAAUCCGCGGCUGCUCCAAGGUACCAUUAUUGAUGUGCAGCUAUAA